GAGGGGGCAAGCUGUGGCCGCUCCUCUUCGCUGGGCGGUUCCAGGCUAAGAGAGAGAGGUUUAGAUCUCCUACAAAACUAUCAGCGCAGACACAAAACAUGGCGCCUGCCUCCGCCGACAACUUCAGAUGAAAGUGUGAGAAGAAGUGGCCUGAAGUUUGACAAGAGGCGUAAAAGAACCAGCCGCCGCUUUUCUCUGCGCGCAAAGUGCUCGUCGAAACGGAAUACACAAAGCGGUGAAACAGCAAGUUGCCUUCAUGUCAACAUAGUCUCCUGUUGCAGCGUAAACAGCUGGUACGCCCAGCCAUGAUCGAGGACAAGGGUCACCGUGUCACCGACUACUUCGUAGUUGCAGGCCUGACUGACGAGUCAACGCCCCUGGAGCAGGAUCUGUCAGAAACCAAGUCCAGUGGGCCCAAAGCACCCAUCACCGACCUGGCUGUCAUCAACAGGUCAGCCGGUGAAACUGUCCCUGAGGGCUUUACCUGUAUCGAGACCACUUAUAGCGGCCAGCCAGCCAACCUCAACCAUGGCAGCCUCAAGAGUCCCGAGCUCUUCCUGUGCUACAAAAGGGGUCGGGGGAAAUCUCCGCUGAUUGACAUCGGUGUGCUGUAUGAGGGUAAGGACCGUCUGAUCCAGGGCUGCGAGGUCAUCCAUGCCACACCGUACGGCCGCUGCGCCAACGUCAACAACAGCUCCGCCACCUCACAGCGCAUCUUCGUCACUCUCCGCCGAGCCCCUCCGGUCCAGCCUCAGUAUUCCCUGGCGGUGACGGACAUCUGUGUGAUCAUCACCAGCAAGGGAGAGACGCCGCCACACACCUUCUGCAAAGUGGACAGGAACCUCAACUGCGGCAUGUGGGGCUCCAAUGUGUUCCUUUGUUACAAGAAAUCAGUAUCUGCGUCCAAUUCUAUAGGCUACACAGCAGGUUUAAUUUUUCGUUACCCAGAAGAGGACUAUGAGUCUUUUCCUUUGUCGAAGUCUGUUCCUCUUUUCUGUUUGCCCAUGGGUGCCAAGAUCGAAUGCUGGGCCCCAAACACCCGUGACCCUUUGCCGGUCUUCUCUACAUUUGUCCUAACAAUUUCUUCUGGUGAAAAGGUUUACGGAUCAGCUAUCCAGUUCUUCGAACCGUACUCUGUCGAUCUUCUGAGUGAGAAGCAGAAGAUCCAGCUGGGUCUACUCACCGUCGUGGACAAGAAGAUGAUCCCCAACCGCUUUGUAAACACCAACAAAUGCAUCUGUCUGCUCUCUCGCUGGCCCUUCUUUGAGUCCUUCCGCAAGUUCCUGAUGUUUAUCUACAAGCUCUCAGUCUCUGGCCCGCACCCACUGCCCAUUGAAAAGCACAUCUCACACUUCAUGCACAACGUGUCGUUUCCUUCCCCUCAAAGGCCCAGAAUCCUUGUCCAGCUCUCAGCACAUGACACUUUGAUACUCUCUCAGCCCGUGUGUACUCCUUUACCCCUCAGUGGGGCAGAUUACGGCACUCUGCUGAUGAAUCUGGGCGCAGAAAACUGUGCCACGCUGCUGCACUUUGUCCUACUGGAGAGCAAGAUCCUGCUGCACUCGCUGAGGCCGGCCGUGCUUACCGGAGUGGCUGAGGCAGUGGUGGCUAUGAUUUUCCCCUUCCAGUGGCAGUGUCCCUACAUCCCCCUGUGCCCGCUGUCUCUGGCAGGCGUCCUCAACGCCCCGUGUCCAUUCAUUGUGGGUGUCGACUCUCGUUACUUUGACCUGUACGACCCUCCGCCAGAUGUUGUCUGUGUGGACCUGGACACCAACACCAUCUAUCUGUCUGAUGAGAAGAAACACAGCAACUGGAAGUACCUCCCAAAGAAGCCCUGCAAGAGUCUGAUUAGCUCUCUGAGCCACUUGCACCACCAGCUGGUCACAGUGGUAGCUUGCCAAGCUCCACAUGAGGACUCUGCUUUGGAUCUGACCCCCAUCGAAGCGGACUUCACGUGGCACAAGAAAAAGAUGUCCCUGGAGAUGGAGAUCCAGGAAGCCUUCCUUCGGUUCAUGGCCUCCAUCCUGAAGGGCUACCGCUCUUACCUCAAACCCAUCACCCAGGCGCCUUCUGAGAAGGCCACGGCUGCAGACUCCCUUUAUGACCUGCAAGGUUUCUUGAAAAGCAGAGACCGCGCCCAUCAGAAGUUUUACUCCCAGCUCACGAAGACCCAGAUAUUCAUCCGUUUCAUUGAGGAGUGCACCUUUGUCAGCGACAAGGACACCGGCCUGGCCUUUUUUGAUGACUGUGUGGAGAAGCUUUUUCUCUCUGAUAAAAUCACCGACAAGGGUACCAAGGUUGAAGGAGAUUCAUCCGAGGACACCAAGCUGCUGGAGCUGGAUGAGUCUCAAAAAAGCGAGCACACAGUCUUCGUAAUGCCUCCAGAACCUCCAGCUGACACCGGAUCUGAACCCGCUCCUCGGUACACCUAUAAAGGCUUCCCCCAGCUGCAGCUGGAUCUGUUUGACCGUCCCAGAGAGUUGCGUCCUGCGCUGAGCACCAGAGCAGCGGGGGCGAGUCUGUCCAGCAGCCCUGCACUGCUGGCUAAGAGAACCAAGCAGGAGGUCAAACAAGCCUACAAGCAGGCUAAGCGUUUCUACACCAACCCGCCGCUGUGGGCGCGAUGCCUGUUCAGCCACUGCUACAGUAUGUGGUUCAUCUGCCUGCCUGCAGGCGUGCGACUGGCCAAGUCUAAGAGCCGAGCCAUGCAGCAGGCCUACAACGUGCUGCUUAAGAUGCGGGCCACAGAGGUGGAGAUACUGGAUGAGGUGUGUUAUAGAGUGGUGAUGCAGCUCUGUGGUGUGUGGGGUCUUCCUGUUAUGGCUGUACGAGUCCUGGUGGAGAUGAAGAAAGCUGGAGUUCAUCCCAACGCCAUCACAUACGGAUACUACAACAAGGCUGUCUUAGAGAGCCCUUGGCCGAGUCGGAACCGCAGUGGUCUCUUCAUGUGGACAAAGUUGCGCAACGUAGUCCGUGGAGUGGCCCAGUUCAAGCAAAUUCAGACCCACACAUCAUCCCAGAUGAAGACCCCCACGAUAACGACCACAGGAGCAUCAGGAGAGGGGUCCGUAGCCACAGAUGCUGAUAAUGUGAGUCACGGAAGCGCUCACAGCUCCAGCGAAGUUAACGGCGAGGAGCCCAAUGAGGACACAGCAGAGAGCUGCAACACGGGAAGACAGUCGGAUCAAGGAUACGGGUCCAAGGAUGAGCUACACCAGGAGCUGGCAGAGCCUUCACCUACAGAUGAGCAUUCAGCAGACCAGAGAAACGCUGAUAAAAUGGACCGUAAUGGAGGCGACAUUGCAGGCUCAGUGAACAGUGCAGUAGCAGUGGUAGAGCCCCCGAGUCCUGUUGAUGUCCAUUCACCUGUCCCCAGUAUUGUUAGGCUGUCCACAGGAAGCUUUGAUGGUGGCAGGGAAACGAAAACAGGACAGCUGUUCCGGAGUCUCAGUAAGAAUGAUAGUGUGUCCCUUCGUGAUCGUGACGACUCGCCGGAAGCCGUAGAUGCAUCUCACCAGUCUCAGCCUCAGCGCCAGAAAGCCUUCUCGGAGCGCAGCUGCAGCUUCAGUGCUGAAACCCGCGCUGGGAUGCUCCUGGAGAAAGGUGUGGACCACAUGGCCAGCCAAAUGGGCGCAGACGCUCGUAUUCUGACCGCAGCGCUCUCUGGAGCUCAGAGUCCACCGCCUCACGGCAAGUCCAAAGCACUUUUUGAAGACCUGGAGGAGGAGGCUGGGGAGGAGAAAAAGCCUUCAAAGGAAGAGGCCCACAGAGAGUCUGAGGAAAGUAAAGCAGAGGAGAAGAAGGUUGCUGAGGUAAACAAGGAGAAACGUGAGCGGAAGCGCACUGAAUCACAUGAGGAGGAGUCUGGAGUCCGAGGAGCUACACUAGAGAGGGCCGAUGUGGAGGUGGGGGCUGACCCGCUCUCCAUCUUGGUGUCAGAGCAUGAAGAGUCUGCUUCUGUUAGCAGUCAAGAUCCGCCGCGCUCUGUGCCUACUGUUGUAUCCCGCAACCUGGCCGAGGAAAUCGAAAUGUACAUGAGUCUGAAGAGUCCACUGGGAUCAAAAUCCUCCAGCAUGGAGCUGCAGCAGGGCAAGGAAGACUCCACUGAUGGCAAUCAGUCCAAACAGCUUCUGGAACGGAGGUCCAGUCUCCCAGUACCUCCUGCCAAAAGUGCAGGCAGCUCGCCAGCCGACACCCCUAAACGCAGCCCGAACACCAUCACUCGCUCCAAGACUUUCGCAGUGAAGACAAAAACCUCUUCGAGCACCACAGCAAGCCCCGCUCCUAAAUCCUCCUCACUAACGGCGCUGGUCAAGUCCUCGCAGGCAGGAUCACUGGGCUCAGUCAUUAACACCAUUUCAGGCAUCAAAAUGGACUCUUUGCUGUCUGGAGCUAAAAUUGAUGUGCUCAAGUCGAGCAUGAAGCAGGCAGCGAACGUGGGCAGUAAAAUGUGGGGGGCCGUGGCAUCAGCUUUCACUUAUUCUGAUGAUGAGGAUGAACAACCUCAGGGUGCAGGCGGCUUCCCAGGACGUCUGGGUGAACAUGUGCUGUCUGCACACGACUUGGAUGAGAGUCCUGAGAAAAGAACCAUCCCUGGUUUGGUAGCUAAUGGUCUAAACCAGAGCAGCACCAGUUUAGGCAGCAGCAGCGGCAGUAGCGAUAGAGGCCGAGGGACACAGCAAACACAUGCAACUCCAGGGCGUGCAGGGAGAGGUCCUGAUUCUGAGCAAAGUUCCUCACAUCACGCCUCCUCCUCGAGCAUCUACCAGAACUGUGCACUGGAGGUGCUGAUGUCCAGCUGCUCCCAGUGCCGCUCUUGUGAGGCCCUGGUGUAUGAUGAGGAGAUCAUGGCAGGUUGGACAGCCGACGACUCCAAUCUGAACACAAACUGUCCGUUCUGCCGAACAGCCUUCCUCCCGUUACUCCACAUAGAGUUUCAUGACCUCCGCACGAUGCCCGAUUUUUAUAUGAAUCCGAGUGCCUCGGGAGAAAGUCUUCACAGCAGCAGUACUCAGCCCACAGCUAGCAGCUUCGCUGAUAUAAAGACCCCAGACCUCAUCACCUUCUCCAAGGAGGAGUCAAAUGAGAAUCCAGACAGUCUCCCUGGUACUCACAAAAGUCUGAUUCCAAAACCAGUCCAGUCAGACCCACUGGGUCUCCUGGAGCACCAGGCAGCAGGGAAACAGGAGAGAUGCACCGGGACUUCACUGACUCGCAGCAACAGUGUUGGAGGUCCCCUGCAGAGCCUGGACUACUCCCUGAGACCUGGACAUGGUGUCUCCACCACCAGCCUGCCCUGCAGCCUGCAAGAAGUGUCGGAUGGUAUAGGCAAAAAACGUCCAAAUCCCAAGCCGGUGUCUGUACCAUACCUCAGCCCUUUAGUCCUGCGCAAGGAGCUGGAGACCCUGUUGGAGAAUGAAGGAGACCAGGUCAUCUACACCCACAAGUUCCUCAGUCAGCAUCCAAUCAUUUUCUGGAACCUGGUGUGGUACUUCCGCCGCCUGGACCUCCCGUCUCACCUGCCUGGCCUCAUCCUCACCUCCGAACACUGCAACAAUGGAGUACAGCUUCCUCUGACGUCACUGUCUCAGGAUAGCAAGCACGUCUUCGUCCAGCUGCUGUGGGACAACAUCAACCUGCAUCAGGAACCUGAAGAACCACUCUAUCUCCUCUGGAGGUCCUUCUUGGAGAAAAAGGGGACUUUGGCUCCAACAGAUCACCAGGAGAUCCGUACCCUCCUCAACACCAUCGUCCGGAGCAUCCAGACCAACGACGUCUACACUCCCAUCAACUUGCUCCUACGGGAGAUCAAACGCCGUCCAGACGGCGUUAAACGACAGAGGAGUAUUUAUAGAGAAAUACUGUUUCUUUCACUGGUGGCCUUGGGACGGGAGAACAUUGACAUAGAGGCCUUCGACAGGGAGUACCGGCAGGCCUACGACCAGCUGAGCCAGGAGCAGCUCGGGUUUCUGCACCGCAUGGAUCACCCGCCCAGCCCCAGCAUCCAGUGGUGUCUUAAAUGUUUCGGGGCCCCCAUCAUCUGAGCACGGCUGCAGCUUGUAGCGUUCUCACUGGUCCUUUUGCAGCAGAGGGUGGAGGGGCAGAAAACAGUGGACCUUUUAAAAGUUCUCCCAUAGCUAAUCAUGGUACUUUAAAGCUGCUGGUCGUCUGCUUUUUCUUGAAUAUUUCCGAGCCGUGCCUUUCAGUCGGAAAUGUCUUUUCCUCCUGAGACAACAUGAGCCUCAUUCCUUAAUAUGUGGUGUUGAGAAACAUUCGUCUAUCGAACAGAAUGUUUUGUCGGCCACCUCUGCAGUCACUUGGUUUGUCUUGUAACGUUUCCCAGAUCAGAUCAGAUCAGAUCAGUGGGAUAUGUCCCAGGGUACAGAACCGGACUGUUCUGUAUGCACUCUUUCUAAACCUGAGAAUAACAUACAUACUGAGUUUCACCAACUGUUUGUACAUUUUUUUUUCAUUCAAGUGAGAAAUCUGAAGCCAGAGUUGCCUCUUCUUUUUAGGUCCUUCCAAGUCUUAACGAAUACUCGAGAUGUUCAAGUGUAAAUAUACAAGCUCAUGUCUGUUUCAGUGACUGAGGCUACGGGCCAUGGCUAAAAUGGACUCGCAACAUUCCAGAUUGCCUUGCGGCAAGAGCAUGUCUUACAUGAGUUCUGAUCUCUGCAACAACACCUAACACACCUGAAAGCGGGAGUGCCACACUACUGAUUUCCAGACAUAAACAAUACAAGCAUGUUAAUGCAAGAAAAGCUAAACAGCAGCUCGGUUUGCUUUUAAUAUCUGCCUUUUUUAGCAGUAGCCUGCUGCUCUCCUUAUGCUAACAGGCCUUGUUGUGAUGGAGCUUACAUCUACUUGGGCUAUUCUUUUUUUUUUUUUUUUUUUUUCUUGCAUCAAACUAAACCUCGUCAGAUGUUUUUAAAAUAAAAAUAUAGUGAUUUUCAGUGGAAAGUGGAAGGAAAAAGAUACGUGGGUUUUUCAACAUAUUUCCAGUUUAAAUUCUUUAAAGUCCUGCAUUUGUAUUCCGCCCUCCUCGAUCAGUACUUUGUAGGAUCACCAAGUCUUUUGGGGUGUGUCUGUACCAGCUUUGCACAUUCAGAGACUGAUUUUUUUCCCCCCGAUUCUUCUUUGUGAACUGCAGCUCUAACCCAGUCCGAUUGGUUGGAGAGCACCACCAAUUCUUAGUUUUCUUUAGGUCUGAUCUUUGACUGGGCCAUUCUAACAGAUGAAUAUGCUUUGAUCUAAACCGUUCCACUGCAGCUCUGGCUGCCUCUAAUGGGUUUUAUCCCAGGAUUGCCCUGCAUUAAAUUCUAUCCAGCUUCCCUCACAGCAUGAUGCAGCCACCACUGUGCUUCACUCUGGGGUGGUGUGAUCAGAGCUAUGUGAAGUUUUCGGCUACUCGUAGCAUUUUGUUUUUGUUACUCUAUUAACUAAAUGGGCAGCUUCUGAAGGGAGAUGGAUUUUGUUUUAUUGGAGAAAAGGGGGCUGAAUACAAAUGCAUGCCACACCUUUCAGAUUUUUAUUUGUACGAACAUUUUGAAACUAUCCUUUUCCUUCCACUUCACAUAUGUACCACUUUGUGUAGGUCUAUCACAUAACAUUUCACAGAAACAGUUCGAUGUUUGUGGUUGUAAGAGGACCACGGUCGAAGGGUUCUGCAUACUUUGCAAGGCGCUGUAGCACACAUAGACUCGGAGUCAUUUUAACAUUAGUCUGUUUUGAAACUAGCUGCAGAAACCAGGCCUUGUUAAAUUCUGCUGAUACUCUGCAAGGGGAAUUUGAAGUGACAUUCCACUAAACACUGAAGCACAAGGUAAACCAGGUUAGUGCUGCAACAACCCGUUGGCGAAUGGGUCGUAGAUUGAGCUAUUUUUAGAUGUAAGUUGGGAGCAUGACUUGUACAGAUGAAAUAAUGUAAAAUAUUCCAUUUGCACUGCAUAGAGUAGGAUCUGGACUUAAUCCAGUGUGACUAUAAGAUUAAGCCACAUUGUAGAGCAAACAAAAAGAAAUUCUCGAUUAUUUAUUUUUGUAUUAUUCACAUUUGGAUUGCAGACGGUUUGGUUAUGUAGAAUUUUUAUAACUAACAGCGUCCUGUUCCCUUUAAAUGGGUCUUAAGGGAUUCCAUCCUGUACUGACUUUGUAAAUUAGAUUUUCUUGGUUGUACAGAGAAGACUUUUUUUUAAAUAAAAGAUGAAUUGAUCUCUUACCAUCCUGUGGAAAUGAGGAAUAGAAAUUAAUAUCUGUCCUUAAAAGCGCUGCAAUAAAUGAGUUUGUGAACUGACUGGAAA